AAAGAGUACUGUACCCAGACCCACUCUCUUCACGGUCUUGGUCAUAUCUCUUCCUCAUCCACGUUGCUUACAACUAAUCCUCCGUCUCUCUUCUCUCCGUCUACCUAUACAACCUGCAUCGUCGGCUUACCCACCACAAGCAGCGCACCCGCUUCACCGUCGCUCCCCGCAGUACAGGCAUCGCUUCCGCUGCACGGCGAUCAAUAUACUUCAACACAGCUCACGAUCACCCGACCGUAUACGGUAUUGUACGUUGCCUUUCAAAGCAAGGCCUUCUUAUACUCCUCUCCUCUGUGUCCCAUCUCUUCACCCUUCGUCCCCACCAACUUAGGGCCAACUUCUCUGCUGGUUAACCCCUGUUCUUUAAUCUACUUUCAUCUUUGUCUUCACUGGGACAUCUCACGCUGGUCGUGCGGUAGUCUCACUUCAUCAAUCAUCCACUUCAUCACCCAACACCCUGCCAUAUCAACCAUCCUAUCCCCCGUCUACCCCGAUUGUCUCCUGCCUCUGUCAACACCCCUACGAUGUCUUUCUCACCUUCACCUUCUCUCUCUCCUCCCUCGGCGAGGAAACGCCCUCUCCCAUUCUCCCUCCGCAUACAGACAUCCCCAGGCGCAGCACCUUCUCCCUUUGGUCUCGGCGGCAUGUCCUCCCCUGCAGUGUCACUUCCCGCACAGGGUAUCGCUGCCAUGCUGGCAAACGACGCUCCCCCAUCAUCUGCCAUCGACGGGACCUCACACGCCGCCUUGCUCCCACCAUCAUUCCCGGCGCUGGCGCCGCUCCCCCUUCCUCCACACCUCCGCAUCCUCGCCAACAUCAACUCCCAGUGCUCCCCUGCAUCGAGCACUGUCCCUUCCCUCGUUGAAUCUCCCUCCACCACACCGAGCACAGCUACUUCCUUGUCUUCCUUGCCCUCGCUCGAUCCCUCCCGCACUCGCCCCUCUGGCAUAGUAACCCGAAAUGCAAAGAGGCUCUCGAUAUCAACCAAGCCAUCCUGGCCCUCAUUACAGCUCAACGCUGCUGUUCCCCAUACCGCAGCAGAACGCAAACGGUCAAACUCGGUGUCCGUCGUCCUGCCUUAUUACUCCACCACUUAUCAAGAAGAAGAGGAACACGACCCUCCGUAUCCUAAUGGACCAGUCGAGAUUCUUCCCCGUAUAUGGCUCGGGCAUGAGGGUCAUGCGAGGGAUGUUAAGCUGUUACGAGAACGCGGGAUCGGCUGGGUCCUGAACGUUGCCAAGGAGGUUGAUCUGGAGCUUGGCAAGGAGUGGCAGGUCCUUAGGUUGGAAGAUCUCCCGAGGCCACCAGAGGAUGGUAUGGAGGUAGAUCAGGAAGGAGGGGAAAAGCUGAGGUAUCUCAAACUGCCGUGGAGCCAUGGGCAACAGGAUCUCUGCGAAGUGGGGUUCGGACGUGCCAUGCGAUUUAUCGACCACGCACUCCAGGGCGGAGAGAGCGUGCUUGUUCAUUGCCAAUGUGGUGUAUCGCGCAGUGCAACGCUAGUGAUGGCGCUGGUAAUACGUGCUGGGCAUCAGGCGAGGAUAUGUGGCGAUCCUGAGCAUCCUCUGCGGAGGAUUGCGAGUCAUAACGAUGCGUAUGAGUUUGUACAAGGGAAGAGCAGAUGGGUUGGUCCCAAUAUUGUGCUUAUUAAUCAACUCGUGGAAUAUAGCAAGAAUCUGCGCACCAUCGCUGAGGCAGAGGACCCUGCAGGUCGCAGUCGCACCACAUCAGAGUGCACCGACGCCUCCCAGCUCGCACACCAACCAUCCCCGCCUUUCUCCUCUUCUGAUUCAUCCGCUUCCUCCUCUCCUGGUCUGCAUUCCCCCCCUACGCCAGAUGGCUGCGUCUCCCCCGAGCUUGGCCCAGACAGCAUCGAGGCGAUGCUGCUCGAUCGGAAAAUGGAAGCCCAAUACUCCAAACUCUGCCAACAGCGAGCCGCCGCUGCUCUUCUGACACAUCCGCACGUGGAGGUUGUGGACUCCUCUGUCACUGGGCUCAAGCUGCCCGUGCCCGUGCCUUCGCCUAUGACCGCGUGCCUAAGCCCGGUCUCUCCCAUGUCUACAACGAGCGAUCGCCGAAGUCGGACAAGAUCGGCGAGCGCGGAGAGCGCUCUAGCCCCUAAGUCACCUUGGAACAUUGGCAUGCUUCUUCGAGUCGAAGAGGAGAGCUAGCUCUGUCACUCUAGGUGUCUCUUCCGUUACCCUCCACCACCAUUCUUCCUUCACCUGCUGUAUCAGUUUCCCCGCCCAAUCUCGCUUUUGUGACAUCCUCGGCUCCCUCCGAGCAGCGGAAAGAGUACGUAGAUGGGCUGGUCCCUCCCAUCUGCAUUUCGUAUAGCGGCUUCGUUCUCCCCCCUUCCUCCCCUCAGGCACUGUGCUGAACGGACACGAGAAACUGGGCACCCAAAAAGUGGAAGAUCUUUUCCCCAUAUCUUUCAAAAUGUUAGCGUCGGGGGUGUUUGUUGCCCUAGUUGGCGUUGUUGUCUGUUGUAUGUAGGAUACCAGCUGGCGGAGUUUGUCCGUGGCCAAUGAACUCU